AUGCGUCUUCUCUUGGUAAUACCUGAUCAAACGAUGCGUACUAAAUUUCAGACUUUAUCGCCGACUUCAGUCGACAAUUCAUCACCUCUACUGAUUGUGCCUUGGAUUGAACAGCAACAUGUACUAACACAUCCUUCUAUUCGUAUAUUUAUCGGGCAUGGUGGAUUGCAUAGUGUUGGCGAGGCGGUGUACGCACAUAUUCCAAUGAUAAUAAUACCUGGCUUAGGCGAUGCACCUGCUAGGGCAGCUGCGAUCAUGGAAGCUAAGAUCGGUUACGCAAUUGAAAGAGAUGCACUCACAGCCGAGCGACUUGCUACUUAUAUAAAAAUGAUUCUUGCAGAUUAUGACAGCAUUGUUUCACGUCUUCGUCGAAUACAUCAUAUCGAUGAACUCGAAGGAGGAAUGCAGCGAGCUGCUACAUUGAUCGAUAACUGGUUGGGAAAUACAGGCUCAAUAACUAUUAUAAAAAAAUCACCUCAAUGUUAA